GACUCUUUCCCCCGUUUCCCUCCUCCCAAUUUCCACCGUUCCCUACUGCAUCGUCUCCAACACACCAAAAUACUAAAACCCUAACCCUAGAGCUAGUUCCCAUCCGUGCUACUUUAUGCCAUUCUCUUGAUCUCUUUGCUUCGCAGUAGCCAUCCAUGGACGCUAUCUCGUCGCUUAUCCCCGCUGGUCGAGAAAUGGUUCACCUCCAAAACAAAAAGGGACAUCUCUAAUUUGCGGAUCUGAGUUUGUUCCACAUUAGCUUAUUCCGAGUCCUAUAGGUCCUCUCUUAAAUGGAUAUAGAAGCUUCUUUGCCCAGUUUGCAUUCUCCGAGCUAUUAUACAGAGCCUUCUCUCGAUGAACUGGCUAAAAUAGAAGCUAUCGAUUCUGGUUACUGCAGUAGAGUUCCCAAUUUCGUCGUCGGGAAAGUGGGUUAUGGGUGCGUUAAAUUUCUCAGCAAUACCGACAUUAGGUGGAUAAAUUUGGAUAAAAUUGUAAAGUUUGAUCAUAAUUCCGUGACGGUUUACGUCGACGAAGCUGAUAAGCCCCCUGUAGGUCAUGGUCUUAAUAAGGCUGCUGAAGUAACACUUAUCCUUCGUUUAAGAUCGAAAAGUUCGGAUUAUUUGGAGAGUAAUAGGUUGCUAAACAAGUUGGGGAGGAUCUGCUUGAAACAAGGUGCUAAAUUUGUUUCAUUUGAACCAUCUAACGGGGAGUGGAAAUUUAUGGUCGAACAUUUUAGUCGCUUUGGAUUGGACGACGAUGAAGAAGAGGAUGUUGUGAUGGACGAUGCGGCAGUUCAGCCGAGUUCUGAGGUCAAAGAUAGUCAAUUAAGUUCUAAUGGGCUUGAGCUGUCCCGUUCGCUACCAGCCCAUCUAGGCCUCGAUCCGGCAAAAGUGCAAGAAAUGAGGAUGUUGCUGUUUCCUGGCGAGGAUGACAAUGAUGAUGAUACAGAACAGAACCUUUUCCCUGAUAAAAGAUUCACUAGUAGGGAAGCUAUGAAAGUGGAUUCGCCGAUUACAAGAAAGUUCCACAAUAAAGCUACUCCAAUUCCAAAGAGAGCACCACAAGCUUUAUUGGAAUACCAUACAAGCAGUUCCGAAUUAAGCCCAUUGAAUAAUAUUCUUCUGUCUGGACAAAGCAAGGGAUUAGCUGCAAAAAGGGCUAAGAUUGAAGGUUUUAAAUUGGAGGGGAAAUACUCAUCUCCUGUUGGUGUAAAAUACUCUAAUUGCGUUGUCGAUGCUGCAUUAUUUAUGGGUAGAUCAUUUCGUGUAGGGUGGGGCCCGAAUGGUGUUCUUGUUCACUCUGGUAGCCCAGUGCGAAACCCUAACAGCGGUUUAUCUUCUAUUGUUAAUGUAGAAAAAGUUGCAGUUGAUCGAGCUGUGAGAGAUGAAAAGAAUAAAUUCAGAGAAGAUCUCGUUGAUUUGUGUUUCUCUUCUCCCUUGUUUCUCCACAAAUCACUUGACCGGGAAUAUAAUGAAAUUGAAGCUGAUUCCUUUGGGCUAAAGCUUCAAAAGGUUGUAACAAAUCGUUCUAUGUUAUUGGAGAUUUGCAGGGCUUAUAUAGAGAUUAUUGAAAAACAGCUUGAAGUUGAUGAAUUGUCCACUUCUUAUCGGGUACUGUUGAUGCAUCAAGUCACGGUUUGGGAACUCAUUAAGGUUUUGUUCUCAGAGAGAGGCAGAAAUGGAAAUGGACCGUUAAAUAUCACAUACAAUGAAGAUGGGGAGGAUAUGAUGUUGGAUAAGAAAGAUAGCUCUUCUGAUAUAGAUUUUGAAUCAUACCCACUUGUUCGAAGAGCUGAUUUCAGUUAUUGGUUACAAGAGAGUGUUUGCCAUAAAAUACAGGGAGACAUUAGUUGCCUAAAUGAGUCAAAUUACUUGGAGAAUAUUCUUCUACUUUUAACAGGACGGCAGUUGGAUGAAGCUGUGGAAAUGGCUUCUUCAAAAGGAGAUGUUAGGCUCGCUAUCUUGCUAAGUCAAGCUGGCGGAUCAAUGAUCAAUCGUGCUGAUGUGGCACAGCAACUAGAUUUAUGGAGAACUAACGGGCUCGACUUUAGUUUCAUUGAGAAAGAAAGGUUGAAGUUGUAUGAAUUGCUAGCCGGUAAUAUUCAAAUUGCUGCUCAAGAUCAUUCUAUUGAUUGGAAAAGAUAUUUGGGUUUGUUAAUGUGGUACCACUUGCCGCCCGAUACAUCAUUAAGUGUUAUUAUUCAUACUUACCAACAACUAGUUAGUGAAAGAAAGGUUCCAUAUCCAGUUCCUGUUUAUAUCGAUGAAGGACCUCUUGAUGAAGCACCGGAGUGGAAUUCAGGUGAUCGGUUCGAUAUAUUGUAUUAUCUUAUGCUUCUUCAUGCUAAUGGUGAGGAGAAUUCGUCUUCUAGUCUACUCAAAACCUUGUUUAGUGCUUAUUCGUCUUCUUAUGAUCCACUUGACUACCACAUGAUUUGGCACCAACGUUCGAUUUUGGAAGCUAUUGGUGCGUUUAGUUCAAGCGAUCUUCAUGUGCUUGAUAUGAGCUUUGUAUAUCAAUUACUUUGUGUUGGACAGUGCCACUGGGCCAUUUAUGUUGUACUUCAUAUGCCGUAUCUCGAGGAUUUUCCAUGUAUUCAAGCAAAUAUAAUAAAGGAAAUAUUGCUACAGUACUGUGAGUCAUGGAGCAGGGAAGAGAAACAGCGGCAGUUUAUUGAGGAACUUGGUGUACCAACAGCGUGGAUGCAUGAGGCUUUGGCUAUAUAUUUUCAGUACUAUGGUGAUCAGUCAAAAGCACUUGAGCAUUUCAUUGAAAGCGCUAACUGGCAAAAAGCUCACUCAAUUUUCGUGACAUCUGCAGCUCCGCCUCUGUUUUUGGCAUUAAAACAUUCAGAGAUAUGGCGGAUAACAAGUUCCAUGGAAGAGCACAAGUCGGAAAUUGCUGAUUGGGACGUGGGUGCGGGCAUUUAUAUUGAUUUUUACAUAUUAAGAAGCUCCUUCCAAGAAGAAAAUGCCAUGAGCGACUUGGGCAAGCUGGAGAGUAAAAAUGAAGUGUGUAAGAAUUUCUUCAGUCGCUUGAAUGAUUCGUUACUGGUCUGGGGAAGCAGAUUAACUGUUGAAGCAAGGGCAGCAUACUCGAAGAUGGCGGAGGAGCUCUGCGCACUCCUGAUGUCCACUUCGGGGGAGAAGUCAACUCCCGAAGUACAGAUGAGCUCCUUCGACACGAUGCUCACCGCCCCGAUUCCCGAAGAACACCGCGCCGGAUACCUACAAGAAGCCGUAUCGGUUUUCACUUACCUGCUCACGGAGCCAGCGUCCUAGAUCGAAAAUUCUCCCCUUCUUCUGGUCACCCAUUUGUAAUCCUAUUCUCUGUUUGCUGUAGCAGUGGAAUUUUUCACACCUUUUCGGAUGUCCACCUCUGUAAGGGAUUUUUCUUGUGUCUGCGUAGCAGGUGCGAAAUUUGCGAUUUUGUGUUUACGUAGUAAGAGUUUGAAUCUUCAUCAUUCUGAAUUUGUUUCUACGAUUCAAAUUGUUGAGGUUUGGGUUCUCUACAGAGUCAUGUAGUAAGAAUUAGAAUCUUCUUCUUUUUUGUGAAUUUGUAUCUACGAUUCAAAUUAUUUAGGUUAGGGGUUUCUGCAGUUCAUCAUAGAGAGACCAUCCCUAUUUCUGACCCCUAUUUCCAACCCCAUAAAGAUGUCGGAUCAAGUUAUUCUUCAAUAACUCGUAUAAAAUGGGGAUUUUCUGA